AUGAUGCUAAGAAGGCUGGGGCUGAAGUUGUGAAACAAGUUAAGUUCCCAUUAUUGAGUGGACUAUACUCUAUCCUGGACUACAGGCUCUUGAUGAAGAGUAUUUGAAGGUUGAUGCUCAAUUCGGAGAAAAUAUUUACAUUUGCAGAGAAAUACCUCCCCAGAUUAGGUUACAAGAAGCGUAUCCACUUUAUGAAUCCAAUGGUUCCUGGUCUGACAGGUGCUAAAAUGAGUGCCUCUGAUCCUGAUUCUAAAAUUGAUCCUUUGGAUUCAGCAAAAGAUGUAAAAAAGAAAUUAAAGAAAGCAUUUUGUGAGCCUGGUAACAUUACUGAGAAUGGUGUCCUCUCUUUUGUUAAAUACGUCAUAUUCCCCAUCAUCAGUGGGCAAGCAUUUGUAAUAAAGAGAGAAGAGAAACAUGGAGGUGACAUUAGUUUCAUGGACUAUAAAGAAUUGGAAGAAGCUUACGCCAAAGAAGAAGUGUAUCCUCUUGAUCUUAAAAAUGCAGUCGCUGAAGAGUUAAAUAAGUUACUGGACCCCAUUAGAGCUAAAUUUAACAGUGACCCCUCGCUGAAGAAACUAAGGGACAUGGCAUACCCUGGAGGAGAGAAGUCUGAGGGUAAGAAAGAGGGCGGGGCUGCUGCCGCUAAUUGUGCUGUUGAUAUAACAAGACUUGAUCUGAGGGUUGGAGAGAUAAUAUCAAUUGAGAAGGUGUGGUCACCAGAUAAGUGCAUUUCUGAUACAUGUACUUGCACUUAUGUUGCUAAAUUUGAGCUGAUUCCGAUCAAGUUUGGAUUUUUUAAUGAUUUUUUUAAAGUUGAUCCAAAAUU